GAUUUUCGAUUCGGUUGUUGUUAGAUAAGCAGUGGACGUUUAGCAUGCUGUUUUCUCUUAUAAAAAGUCAAUCCUAUGGAUUAACUUUUUAAUAAAAUUUGUGUUCGAAAUAAUUCCAAUUUAGCUGCACUGUAAGUACUUGGAAAACUUUUCCUUUAUCAUUAGUAUCACAAUCAUAAUAUUCUAUCAUGAUUAUUUUAUUAAGUCUUUCUUUUUCGAUCGGCUAAAAUAAAACAAUUUAUCUUUUUAAAAUUAGCUUCCAUUUAGUUCAUAUCAAUUAGUAAAAUCCAAUUAAUAUAGUCCUUUUAACUUCAGUGAAUAAGUGCGUAAGAAAAUAAGUUUCAUAGAUUGUAAUUUUUAUUUUACUUUUUUUUUUAAAAAAAAAACCGUUCAGUCAAUAAAUCAUUUGUAUGCGCAUGAGAUAAGAUAAAAUAAAUUGUAUCCAAGAGUUUAUAGAUAACGAAAUAGCUAACGACAAUUAUUUUAAAUUUCUUUCAACACGAAGGCUUUUCAAGUUGUGUAUCUGACGAUCGAUUUAUUGAAAUAUGAUAUGGGGAAAUAUCGCUUUAAACUCAUAGUGUGCGCUUUGUUCUAAAUGGAAAAGCUUCAAUAUGUCCAGAAAUUCCGACCAAGCGUUCAAUCUAACACGCUAUGAAUUGGAACAGUUUCAGCGGGCUCGCCGAUUCAAAACCGAACGUCGAGCUAGCUUGUGGAGUUUGGACGAAUCAAGAAGGCACAAACAAUAUCGUUUCUCGUCUACCCUUUCACCGGAAGCCCAAUUCGCAAUGAAAUUAGCCUCUGAAGAAAAAUACCAAAAGAAUAGAUCGCACAGCUCUAUUAAGUUUUUGCCGCCAUUAAAGUCUUCUAAGCCAGCUGGAGAUAGCUCAAGUCAUUCAGAACAGAGUGAUUUUAUCAAAGUUCUGCAAUGCGAUUGUGAAGAUGAUACCUCCAGUGUUUUCGAUGACGCCGCCAUAGAUGAAAUAGCUCGCCAGAAUAGUUCACAUGUUCAAAAUAUUAAACAGCGCGAGGAUGAGGCCUAGUCGUUUUUUAUCGCCAUUCUUAAACUCUUUCCAUCUAAUGUAUAUUUUAUACUUUUAAUAAUGAAAAAAAAAACAAGAAAAUUAUCUUUCAAUAAAUCUAUUUUUAAUUAUUUUAUAUGGUUUAUAGUACUUGGUCAUUUAAAAUUUGACUCUCUUUAAGCUUGAAAAAGCACCCAGUCGUUUAAGAGUGUUUUAGUUUGAUUUAGCUGAAUUGGCGUAUAGAAAAGUUAAGUGCUUCUCGACCGAUUUUAUUCAAGUAAAGAGAGUGACCAUUUUAACUCUAGCCAUAAAAAGAAAAAUUAAUAAAUCGAAUGGAAGCUGUAAAUCGAUUUCAUUCGAUCGCCUAAUGAGUAACCUACAGCUAGGAUUGUACUCAAAGGGCUUAAUAUUUCGAUUAUAUUUCUUUAUCAUAGGCCUAGACUUAAUUUGUACUCUUUCUUUGAGACCAUAGAUCAGAUAGUUGAUUAUUGUUUAUAACAACGAGUUAUCUAGGCUGAAAGAGAACUAAUAACCCUCUUUGCAUAUUUCAUAAUAAUAGAAUUUUAAGGAAAAAAAGGAGUGAAAGAAAAUAAUGCAUCAAUUAAUAAUCAAUUAAUAAUACUUCAAUAAACAGGCAUAUAACAUCUUUUCC